CAAAAAGAAUGUAGCAAGGUUCACGUCACCUACUCAAUAUUAUUGGUUUUGUGCGCUCACGUUCAUAUACUCUUUCGCCACCACAUGGAUCUAUAUAUAUUAGCAACACUAAAAUCCAACUCAAAAUAUUAAAAUCUUGUGUAAGAUCGUAUCCCAUAAGAACAAACAAAAAAGAAGAGAAAAUUAAUGGAGUCCAUCAGCAGAAGCUGCUGCUACGCAUUGCUGCUGGUGGUGGCGGUAGUUGCAGUUGAGGGCAGCGGCUACGAGUACGACGAGGAUCUAAGUUUGUCGUACUACCGUGAGAGCUGCCCUCAGCUGGAACAGAUCGUCCACAAAAAACUCAAACUCUGGCUCAAAAACGACUCCACUCUCGCCCCUGCUCUCAUCAACCUCCACUACCGUGACUGCGCCGUUAGAGGAUGCGAUGCUUCGAUUCUCCUAGAGCACGAGGGAAGCGAAAGAACGGCCAAGGCCAGCAUGUCUCUGAGGGGAUUCCAAGUGAUCGACGACAUCAAGUCCGAGGUGGAGAAGAAGUGCCCCAAGACGGUGUCGUGCGCGGACAUCCUGGCCUCGGCCGCCAGGGACGCCACGGGGGCCGUGGGGGGCCCCUUCUGGUCGGUCCCGUACGGGAGAAAGGACGGGCGGGUGUCCCUGGCGGAGGAAGCGGAGUCCCUCCCCAAGGGGCGCGAGAGGAUAACCGAGUUGGUGGAGCUGUUCCAGUCCAAGGGGCUGAACGUGCUGGACCUGGUGGUGCUCUCGGGGGCGCACAGCAUCGGCAGGAGCGGCUGCGCGGCAGUCCAGCACAGGCUCUUCAACUACAAGGCCGACCCCUCCAUCGACCCCAGGUACCUCAAUUUCUUGAGGCGAAAAUGCCGAUGGGCGUCGGAGAGCGUGGAGCUCGACGCCGUCACCCCUAAGAAGCUGGACGUUCAGUACUACAAGAAUUUGGAGAAGAAAAUGGGGUUGCUGUCCACCGACCAAAUGCUCUAUUCUGACUCCCGAACAGCUUCCAUCGUGUCUGCCUUGGCUUCACAACCAGAGGUAUUCCACCAUCAGUUCGCGGCCUCCAUGAUUAAGCUUGGAAACAUCAUCGAUUAUUCUGCCGACCAAGAUGCUGAGAUUCGCCACAAAUGCAGCUGCGUCAAUGCCUAACUACAUUUUUCAUUCAACUUACUAUUACCCAUUGCCAUCUAUAUAUGCCAUAACUUUGAUCAAUUUUCACUUGUAUGUUUUGCGCUUCCCUUCACGAUCAUUCAUUGCAUUUAAUGUAAUGUAAUUUGAGUUAAUCCACUCCUUCCCUAAUAUAUAUAAUAUGGAGAUUAAAAACUUUCAAUUA